CCUCCUUUGAAUUAGAUCCUUAUCUACUGGACGACAAUUAUCAAGUCCCUGUCUAUCAAAAGGAAUAAAGAAACCGAGAAAUUCUCGACGAUCACCCAAAACGGCAAUAUUACACCCAGCCGGUAAUUCUCAGUACCGACAGUGAAAAUGGGCAAAUUUACAGAAAAUAAACCUCCACAGAUGUGGGGCGUGGCAAGAAAUUCUCGAAAAAGGCGAGCAACAGAGAGAAAAGUUAAGCCGCCCCCAAGUCCCCGAGACCGGCCCAGAUGGUUAGUCAGGGUUAUUCUUAGAGGGAAUUUAGGCGAGGGAUUGGUCCGCUGGGGGAAACUGCGGUCUGCACCGCCUCGAAGGGCGUGGAAGAGGGUCAAGGCAGAGGGGCUCUGGUUGUCAGGAUUAAGUCACUUCAACCUCACAACAACUGGUUGGGAUGUACAAGGAUUCUCCAGAACGUCCCCCCGGAGUGGCGAUCUUCUUGGAAUUGUAUCAUUCUUUUUGUGAGAACUGUACUACAGCAAAUGAUAGGCGUCCGUGGUCGGGAGAUUCAGGAAUCAACUGCAUCAUGAG